GGUUGUGCAGCAGCGCCCGGGAUGGAGCGGCCGGGAGCGGCCGGGAGUGGCCGGUGAGCGCCGGAAGCCUCGGUGCGGGAUCUGAGUGGUCCCGGUAUUGGGGAGUGCAGGCGGCCCAAGGGCCUGUGUGGGCGGAGGAGAACGGAGCUGUGAGGCCCUGAGAUGCGGACCUUUUUUAAAGGACUGGACUAAUCAUCUGAAUCUACCCUUAGAACCAGUUUCUAAACUCAAGCACGUUGACAGGAGUAUGAAGGAUGAGAAUGUGAUGGAGGGUGCUCAAGAGGAUGGCAAGCUUGGAGCCAAAUCCAUGCAACACAUUGGCCACACUGCUCAGAGGAAGCCUUCAAAUACAUCCCAGAGAGCAGGAGGGGUGCAUCCAGUGCAGCCAGGGAACAACAUGACACUUCCUACUUCUGCACAGACUAGAGGCGGGAUCCCGCCUUCAAGCUGUGGUCACCUAAAUCCGGAAAGGAACCAGAAGUCUGCACAGGAGACUGUCACUACAACAGCACCUCAGGUGGGAAGUGACCAUCCUCCUCCUGGGGCACCUCGCUCCCUGAAGGAGGGGCUGCAGAACAGGCUGGUCUGCCACAAGGAAAACCUUGACCCACAAGCCUCUACAUCCCCGGAACUGAUCAGAACUUUCCAAUCUGAUGCAAACAGUCUCGAGAAGAAGAGAGUGUUGGCUCACAAGCAAAGCUCAGCUGUAAUGUCAAGGCCUGUUCUGGGUCCAAAAGACAGAAUUAGUAACUGCCAGGCUAAAGACAAGCCACUUCUGGAAAAAUUCAGGAAAACCCUGCCAGAAGCAAAGAACAUAUCUCAAAAUACAAGUAUCAGAACUCAGCCACUGCAGCCCUCUCAGUUCCUUCCUGCUCCUGCUAAUUGGCUACAUAAAAACCCAGGGACAAACCAGGGAAAAGCUGCUAUAGUGAGGCAACCUGGCACAGCUCCGGGGGGGAGUCUUAAGCACCACAGCCAGCCUCUCCCAGUGAGAAGAUUUCCCACCAAGCCUCCCACCUUGGGCAAGCCCCAGGGGACCACAAACCUGAAAUCCAGCCUGAGCUCUGGUGUUGCUUUGCCAAGGCCCAUGGUUAAAGAGGGGAUGGCCAGGAAGGACAUGAAGGUGGUGCCUCCUGGACACACAGCAGCAUCCCAAGGGAUAGGUCACCCAAACCAGUCUUGCAGCAUACACAAUUCCAAAACUCAUGUACUUGAUGAUUUGAGAAGUAGGAGAAAUCAGCUUAAACCAGAGCUGCCGAAGGCAAGUGGCAUGCAGGCUAGGUGCAUUCCAAGGAUCCCAUCAGCUGCAGAUCGUAAGAAACAGCUGGAGGAAUGGUUGGCAUCCAAAGGCAAGAAAUACAAGCGGCCGCCAAUGAUGCUGCUUCAGAAGCAGGCAGUGAAGCCAUCCUGCAGAAAGGUCAAAGCAAAAGAGAAGCAAGAGAAUCCAGAGCAGCACUGCCAAGCAAAGAUCAUCAACAUAUUAACUGAGUGCUUGAAGCUCAUUGAGGAGGGUGUCCAUACAGAGGAGCUCACGGAAGUGCUGUCCCUUGUGCCCCAGGCAGAGAAAUUUGCCAAAUUCUGGAUCUGCCAAGCAAAGCUGCUGGCCCGGAAUGGCCCCUUUGAUGUGUUGCAGCUGUACAGAGAAGCAGUCAGUGCUGGGGCUGAGCCAGCCGAGGAGCUCAGGGAAACUGUUCUCAAUAUUUUGAAGAAUGCAGGCCAAAAAUUGGAAGGAGAAAAGGAGGAGGAACCCAUUCCUUGGGAGGCUGUGACGCCUUGUCCAGGUGAGAGGCAGCCCACAGCAUUGACUUCAGGCCUGGUGGGGAGGCCUGUGACUUCCCUUCCUCUCUCAGUCAAGUUACAGGUUACAUCUGCAUCCAGAGAAAGGGAAUUCCUGGAAGGCCCAGAAUUUAAAUUUCUGACACCUGUGCGGCGCUCACUACGUAUUGAGAGGGCUAGGAGUCACUACCCAGAGAUGCUGAAGGACCAUGACCCCGUGGUGUCAUCCCUCAGUGAAAUCCUGGAUGCUGAGGAGGACACUUGCUUCUUCUUCCGGAAAAACACAGCUUUGCCAGAAGUGACAGAACUGGAGGGUUUGAGUUCAUAUCCCUUCAAGAGCUUCUGAGCGGUUCCCAGCAGGGACAGGCUGCCUGCCCACCAUGCUGCCCCAUACACAGGCCCCUGACUGUUUCUUGCUGCCCCUCAGGUGCAGAGGGGAGGGGAUGGCACAGAAUAAGCCUGUAUCAAAUAUCUAAAUGCUGGUUUAAAUAUAUUAAAACUUGUGGUA